AUGACCACCAUGACUGUGACCAGCACCAUGACGAUAAGCACAAGUGUUACAGAAAGUAGCAGCAUAUCGCUUAGCAGCCUUAGUGUCACGCCGACCAGCAUGACCACCAUGAGCACCAGUGUUACGGAAAGCAGCAGCACGUCGCUAAGUACCUUCAGCGUCACAGGGACCACAAUAAGCGGGAGUGUGACCAGCACCAGUGCGAGUAGCACGAUAACCCCGACCACCACAAGCGCUACCAGCACCUCAACUCUUACAUCCACGAGCGCUACCUCCACAACUGUUACGACCAUCUCCACUGUCACCAGUACCAACUCAUCGACGUCGACGUCGUCUGCCACGCCAACUAGCACGGUGACGCGCAGCAGCCUGACAAGCGCCACCACGCUCACGCGGACGAGCUCCACCACGGCGACCCUGGCCGCCGGCUGGGUGCUGGGAGCCGCCCGCACCUCCUGCUCGGCCGCAUGCGCCGACGCUGGCCUGCACUGCAACGAGGAGGGGCUCUGGGACCACAACUCGGAGGUGGACUCCAACGGGGAGCUCGGUGCCGUCAUGGCCAGCGCUGGCGAGGCGUGCGCGAGCUACUCCAGCUUUUUCGGCCAG